AUGGCAGCCAAUGAUGUCCCAUGUUGUGAAACAAUGUUUUGGGUAUACCUAGUCAUAUGUGUGGCACUAGUGGCAUUUGCUGGCCUCAUGUCUGGUCUAACCCUGGGACUCAUGUCCCUUAGUCUCGUUGAUCUCGAGGUCCUCAUAAAAGCCGGUCAGCCUGAGGAUCGGAAAAAUGCUGAGAAGAUUCUCCCCAUUGUCAAGAAUCAACACUUAUUACUAUGCACCCUACUCAUAUGUAACGCCCUCGCAAUGGAGGCGCUACCAAUUUUCAUCGACGCUCUUCUCCCUGCAUGGGGUGCUAUACUAAUAUCAGUUACUCUCAUACUUGCUUUUGGAGAGAUUAUUCCUCAGGCCGUUUGUUCUCGGUAUGGACUAAGUAUUGGGGCAAGAUUAUCAGGAUUGGUUCGAUUGCUAGUCAUAAUUGUCUUUCCUUUAUCUUAUCCCAUUAGCAAGCUGUUGGAUUUUUUGCUCGGGAAGGGGCAUUCUGUUUUACUACGUCGUGCAGAGCUAAAGACAUUUGUAGAUAUGCAUGCAAACCAGGCAGGAAAAGGUGGUGAGUUAACCUAUGACGAGACGACUAUUAUUUCCGGAGCUUUGGAUUUAACACAAAAAACAGCUAAAGACGCAAUGACACCAUUAAAUGGAGUAUUCUCUCUUGAUCUCAAUGCCAAACUCGACAAUGACACAAUGAGUCUGAUAAUAAGCAAAGGGCAUAGUCGAGUACCCGUGUUCUCAGGAAGUCCAAGUAACAUCGUUGGCCUCGUUCUGGUCAAGAAUUUAAUAAAAUGCCAUCCGGAAGAUGAAACCCCUAUCAGGGAUCUUACUAUCAGGAGAAUACCUAGGUUCCCUGACUGUUUGCCAUUGUACGAUAUAUUGAAUCAGUUUCAGAAAGGACAAAGCCAUAUGGCUGUGGUUGUUAAGACUAAUCAUCCCAAGGAGCCUGCAGAAAUCGUUUCACAAUCUGAUGUACUGAUGAUAAAAUCUAGUCCAAAUUUAACACAAAGACAAGGAAGUAAUUGUUUUUGUGGUCAUAGUAAACAAGUGACUAUGUUCAGGCAGACUUUAUCACCGGUGGUUUCCCCUAGCAUUGUGAUUCCAAGUCCAGGAUCGGGCAUGAAGAUCAACGAUGAUGGUUUGGAAUCUUUUACUAACAUAGAUGAAGAAGUUAUUGGUAUCAUUACAAUGGAAGAUGUACUAGAACAACUAUUACAGGAACCAAUAUUUGAUGAAACUGAUGAAUAUGUUGAUGUUCACAACAAAAUCAAGAUUAAUUUGAUUCCUCCGGUUAAACACUCUUCAAAAUCUACUGGAAUAGCAUCAGCUUCUCAGCCCAACAGUCAGACUCCAGUUACAUCUCCAUUUUCGUCAACUCAUCAGACGCCUAUUUCAUAUCACCAUACGCCAAUACUGCGUUCUCCCAUUUCGCCAUACACUCGUUCACCGAUUACUAGGCCAACUCUUUCUGCAUCCCCAGGAAACUCUGCUGCAACUUCUCCAGUUGGAUUUACGCACCCAUUUUGCAAUUCUCCCUCCACGUCUCAGGUCUCGAGGAAGUCGUACGAGAAGCUGAGAAUGCCUGGUGGUUCAUAA